AUGAAAAAGAGUGGCAAUAAUUUGUCGGCCAAUAAUAUAUCGACGGAUCAAAUGUCGAUGAAGUGGUUAAACAAAGACCAGGAGAAGACUGAAGAGGAAUGCAAAUCUGUUCUCUCAAUCAAUAUUAAGGAUAUGAACAAAGAAUUCAGUUAUUAUACAAUACUUAGGCGUGUGUUAUACCCGUUUGCAUUGACCGGUGCGCCCAUCACUUAUUAUCUCAAAGAUGCUCAUAAAGCAUUCAAAUACCUUAGCAGACAUGGAAUGAUCCAGAUAUAUUCAAUAUUGAUUGUGGGUAUGAUUCAUACGAUAUGCGGCUUCUGGUUGUGUCGCGUCGGUUACCAUAUCUUUCAAUUGGGAGAACUGAGCCAUCAGUUAUGGGACGAGAUAUUCACCUUCUUGUACAGCUUGUCGGGUGUUUCAGCACUCGAUCUCAUUUGGUUUUAUCGGCAAACACUGCGAACACUUAUCAACGAUUUGGACAAAAUGCCAGAAUUGGAUCAAACAAUUCUUAUGCAUUAUAAUUACUUUAAAAUCAAAUACAAAGUGAAGCUCACGUUUCUCACAAUAUUCGUGUUGUCGCUGACAGUGUUGUGCAUUUCAUACAUCGCUAUUGUCAUUGUUGUGGCCAUUAAUACACAUUCGGACACCAUUUGGACGAAUAAGAUAUUUACGUUGUGUUGGAUAAUGAAGUUUAAAUUUCAACACUUGAACCUCUAUAUUGAGACUUUGAUCAAAAGAAAAGUCAUACCAGAGCUCAAACAAUUGGAAAUCAUUAAAUUGUGGUAUCGCUCAAACCUAAGUGCAGUGAAAAAGAUCGAUGAAAUAUUUAAUAUAUUUAUUUUCGGUUAUUUUGUGCUCUUAUUCUUCGGAAUCGUAACCGAAAUCCAAGAAGUGAUGAGUCUUUUCAGUCACGACGAGAAGAAUAUAUUGAAAAUUGUGAUAACAUUGGCUUUUGUUAUACUUAUGGUGUUCUCAAUGUUUUAUACACUCAAACAGACGUCUGACGUGAACGACGACUCGGCUCAGACCAAAAGCCUUCUCUAUCAAUACGUGUUGUCAACUGAUCCCGAAGAGAGAACUGCUGUCUAUUUUCAACAGUUGCAGCUCAUGAUUGCGGGUCUUUUGGCUCAUACGGCAAACCUAACACUUCUAGGUUUGGUUAAUCUGAACUCCGAUUUCAUGGCAAAGGCUGUUGUCUUCCUAUACACCUAUACAUUACUAUUCAAACAAUUCACAACCGAAAGCAAAAAUUCAAAUAAAAAUAUGACAAUAUUUUAAUUUAAAAUUCUCAACAUUCAGUUUCUCUCUUACUAUACGUUUCCAUUGGGUUUUUGAGUUUGUAUUGUAAUCGUUAUCAGAGCAAAACCUAAAGCGCCGGUAUAUUUACGGCUUGUUAACUGACUACUAAAACUAACUAACAAAUUGUAAACAAGUUUAAUAUGUUUCGGAAGCUUAAUGAUUGUAAGCAAAUUAUUAGCAAGCAAUUAAACUAACUAAUAAUUUUAAUAUAUUAAUUCAUUAUGUUUAUUUAUUAUAUAUAAUAAUAAAUAUUAAUUUUCAUUAAUUUUAAAUUAGAA